UUCAGUCAAUUAAUAUCCUUAAUAUAGUUUAUGGGGAAAGGCAUGUACAAUUGAAGGGAUCUGGGAAUCCACAAAGAUUAGUUACAAUGUUGUAUAGUGUAAAAACAAUGCCUCUAAGGAUCAGGAAUUUCUCAAGAUUGCGAGAACCUAAUGCCUUAGAUAUGAUGCUAAGUCAAACUGGCCAGUGACUCCAAUCGAAGGUAUCUGGUGCCACCCCUGUAACACUACAAAGAAAAUGCAGAUUUGCACCACCAGCCAUGUUGUCGCGCCGUACACAGAAGGCAAUAAAAGCUGUUCUACUUGCACAAGAGGAGCCAAGACGAGUUGGUCAUAAUUUUGUGGGAACUGAGCAGAUUCUGUUGGGACUUAUUGGUUGCUGCUAAGGUUCUCAAGUGAAUAGGAAUUAAUUUGAAAGAUACCCGUCUAAAGGUGGAGAAAAUAAUUGGAAAGGGUAGUGGAUUCGUUGAUGUGGAGAUACCUUUUACUCCUCGUGCAAAGCAUGUUUUAGAACUCUCGCUGGAGGAAGCUCUCCAGCUAAGCAACUUUUUUUAUUAUUUCUUUAAAUGUGUGCUAGUUUCUGGAGAGUGUCUUUCCUUCCUGGUGCACAUGAUAGGCUCUCUUACUUCAUCUAAUUCUAAUAUACAGUUUUACUGUUCCAAUCUUAUUUCUCUCUUAUAAAUAAGGGUCCUAUUUUUAUGUUAGCUUCAUAUUUACACGUGAUUAUUUGUGUGGAUCGAUUAUUAUCAAUUUCUUUUGCUUUGAAAUUUAUUGCCUUUUGAUAUAGGUCACAAUUACAUUGGAUCAGAACACUUGCUUCUGGCAUUGUUUCGUGAGGAUGAAGGUGUGGCAGCUCGUGUUCUAGAGAACUUAGGUGCUGACCCAAGUAAUAUUCGUAGACAGGCAAGAAUCACUACUUCUCUUUGCUUUCUGGUGAUUCCCUUAAAACUGACUGUCUAUAUGUUGAUCCAUUUGGGCAAUUAGGUUAUUAGAAUGGCAGGCGAGAGUUCGGAAGCUGUUGGUGCUGGUGUUGGAGGUGGAAGUUCAGGCAACAAGAUGCCUACACUGGAGGAGUAUGGUACUAAUUUAACCAAGCUAGCUGAGGAGGGUAAAUUGGACCCUGCUUUUGGAAGGCAGCAAGAAAUUGAACUUGUCACUCAGAUUCUGGUGCAGCGUACAGAAAAUUACCCCUGCCUCAUUGGAGAACCUGGCGUUGGGAUGACAGUAAUUGUAGAGGGCCUUGGUCAGAGAAUUGCCAAUGGGGAUGUUCCUGAGACCAUUGAGGGGAAAAAAGGUUAUAACCUGCUGGGACCAAGUUGAGCAAGCGGUGUUAGCAUACCUGAAGAAGAAGUUUAAACAAACGGAAUUGGCCCUACAAGAAGAGCAGCAAUCACGCAACAAAAUGAACUCUCUUUCCACCGAUCCUUGUAUUGCCAAACAUAUCCUUGCUUUAUCCGAGUAAGAAUUUUAAAACCUUUUUUUCCCCAAAAAAACUUCAAUAGACAUGGAAAAUUUCAAGUAUUCAUAUUAGGUUUUUGGGUUGUUUAGAAGAUUGGGAUUUUAGGAAAACUUGAAUGCGAAUUAACUUGUGGGAAAGUUGGAAAUUUUCCUAAUCGAUUGGUAUAGAUGACUUUUCUUGGUUAGGUGGUUGGUGCAAGUCUUUUUAUUUUAAUCAAUUAUCCGGAUUGAAUUCUUUGUCAGCUUAGUUUGAAUUAGCUCUAAGUACAUGUAAGAAGCAUGACGAACAUGGAAUUGUAUGGAGUCCUUACUCUUGGGACGCUAUUGGAAAACUGCCUCCAUUAAAAGCCUGCUAUUUUUACUUCUGUAGGAGUUUAUGAUUCUAUGUUAAUUAGAGACAUUGGAAGAAGGAACUAGCUCCAGUGCAGAAAAUGUUCCUGCUCAGUACCACGAAGGAUAUAUCAAACCUCGGUCAUGGGCAUAUAGUUCAUUGGAUCUGUACAAGGUAAUGAGUAUGUGGUUGACUAACUUCUUGUUUCUUUGAGCUCAUAAUCGCAUCUCAAGUAAUGUUUACUUAUUCUAUGUAAACAAUACCAUAUUUAAUGAUAUGUUCAAAUGGUUAGUGAAUUUGUAAUUACUACAGAAACUCUUGAAUGCUGCAGUGUUGCCAUGCACAUAUAUUUGAACUCUCAAGAUGGCUAAUUUCAAAAUA